AUGGCAGACUCUCUGUGCAGGCCUUGCCAUCUCCCUCCAAAGACUGCUUCACAAACAGUGGAGGAGCGUGGCAAAUGGGGGAGCAAAAAGGAGUUUGUUCUGUCUGUGGCUGGUGCUAUUAUUGGACUUGGAAAUGUGUGGAGAUUUCCAUAUCUGUGCUACAAGAAUGGUGGUGGUGCAUUCUUCAUCCCUUACAUCCUGUUCCUUGUGACCUGUGGCAUCCCUCUGUUUGUACUGGAGACGGCACUGGGCCAGUACACCAGUCAGGGAGGAAUCAUGUGCUGGAGGAAGGUCUGCCCACUGUUUGAAGGCCUGGGAUACGCAAGCCAAGUCAUCAUUUUCUAUGGAUGUAUCAGCUACAUUGUGAUUUUAGCCUGGGCUUUUCUCUACUUUUUCUAUUCCUUCUCUGGUGAGCUGCCAUGGGCCACCUGUAAUAACACAUGGAAUACGGAUUCUUGUGUGGUAUUGAACACCUAUAAUGCCAGUGCUAACGGGACCUCGCCCGUGAAUAUAUCAUCAUCUGUAUUAGAGUUUUGGCAACGACGGGUGCUAAACAUAUCCACCGGCAUAGAGGCCUUGGGGAGCAUCCAGUGGGAUCUUUCUUUGUGCCUUCUUCUGGCCUGGACCAUCUGCUACUUCUGUGUCUGGAAGGGAGUGAGAUCCACGGGAAAGGCUACCUACUUCACAGCCACAUUCCCCUUCAUCGUGUUGCUGGUGCUGUUUGUCAGAGGAAUGACUCUACCCGGAGCCUUACAUGGGAUCAAAUACUACCUGUACCCCAAUCCCGGACGGCUCGCUGACCCACAGGUUUGGAUGGAUGCUGGAACCCAAAUAUUUUAUUCCUAUGCCAUUUGUUUGGGAUGCCUGACUACGCUUGGGAGUUACAACAAGUACAACAACAACUGCUACAGAGACUCCUUCUACCUCUGCUUGUUGAACAGCGGGACCAGCUUCGUUUCUGGCUUUGCCAUUUUCUCAGUUCUGGGCUACAUGUCACAGAAGCAGGGUGUCGACAUUCACACAGUUGCUGAGUCAGGCCCUGGCCUGGUGUUCAUAGUCUACCCACAAGCUGUGACCCUUCUCCCGUGGCCUCAACUCUGGUCCGUGUGCUUCUUCUCCAUGAUCAUCUUGUUAGGAAUUGACGGUCAGUUCAUUGGGCUGGAAAGCAUCAUAACCUCUGUAACGGAUCUCUACCCUUCCCAUAUCCGAAAAGGAUAUCGUCGAGAGCUUCUUCUGCUGAUGAUCUGUGCUGUUUGCUAUUUAAUUGGCCUGUUAUUGGUGUCAGAGGCUGGCGCAUACAUUCUGCAGAUCUUUGAUCACUAUGUAUGCAGCGGUCCCGCUCUUCUUCUGAUGGCAAUCUUGCAGUCAGUGAUUAUUGGAUGGAUUUAUGGUGCUGAACGCUUCAGUAGCAACAUUGAGGACAUGAUUGGGUACAAACCUCUGUCACUGUUGAAGUACUGCUGGAUGUAUGGCACCCCUCUUAUUUGCAGUGGCACACUUGUAUUUUUGAUCCUGAGUUACACCCCCCUGAAGUUCAACAACACCUAUGUGUAUCCUUGGUGGACGUAUUGGAUUGGCUGGUUUCUGGCCGUGUCAUCUCUUACACUGAUUCCAGUGACGAUGGUCUGCAAACUGGCCAAAGAAAAAGGGACUCUCCGGCAGCGUCUCAAGCUAAGCUCCAAACCUGCUGAUGACCUUCCAGUGAUGGCAAAGGAACUGAAUGUCGCACUGAAUGUCCGUGAUGAUGGAAAAAAUGGCAAGAUGUAA